AUGCUCAUGUUCAAUGGGUCCGUCUUCAGGCCUCCUGUGCUGACUCUCAUUGGCAUUCCUGGUCUGGAGUCAGUGCAGUGCUGGAUUGGAAUCCCUUUCUCUGUCAUGUACGUCAUGGCUGUGUUUGGGAAUUCUCUGCUCUUACUAAUAAUCAGGUCUGAAAACAGCCUCCAUAAACCCAUGUACAUAUUUUUGGCCCUGUUGGGAGCCACAGACAUUGCACUCAGCACCUGCAUUCUUCCCAAAAUGUUAGGCAUCUUUUGGUUCCAUCUGCCAGAGAUUUCUUUUGAUGCCUGCCUUCUCCAAAUGUGGCUUAUUCACUCAUUCCAGGCCAUUGAAUCAGGUGUCCUGUUGGCAAUGGCCCUAGAUCGCUAUGUAGCCAUCUGUGACCCUCUGAGACAUGCCACUGUUUUCUCCCAACAACUGGUGACUCACAUUGGAGUUGGAGUGACACUCAGGGCUACCAUUCUUGUAGCACCGUGUCUGAUACUAAUUAAAUGUCGUCUUAAACUCUACAGAACCACAGUGGUCUCCCACUCUUACUGUGAACAUAUGGCCAUUGUGAAGCUGGCUAUUGAAGACAUAAGGAUCAACAAGAUCUAUGGUCUCUUUAUUGCUUUCACCAUCUUAGGCUUUGACAUCAUCUUUAUUACUUUAUCUUAUGUUCGCAUUUUUAUCACCGUCUUUCAGUUACCUCAGAAGGAGGCACGUCUCAAGGCCUUUAAUACGUGCAUCGCCCACAUUUGUGUCUUCCUUCAGUUCUACCUCCUUGCCUUCUUCUCUUUCUUCACACACAGGUUUGGUUCUCAUAUCCCACCGUAUGUCCACAUCCUCCUUUCCAACCUGUACCUGUUAGUGCCACCUUUUCUCAACCCUAUUGUCUAUGGUGUGAAGACCAAACAAAUUCGUGACCAUGUCCUAAAAAUAUUUUUCUCCCCCAAAUCCUCCUGA